GCCAUGCCGGCGGGCCUCCACAAAACGAGGUUGGCUCCAUUUCCGCUGGUUUUUGAUGUGCAAUGCAAGCCAAUCCCAGAGAAGACUGACAGUACUAACAGCUAGCUUGUAAACACUGCGACCCACCACGGCACGGCACCAUUGUUACCAACACCACCAGACAGCUAGCUAGUCAGUCAGUGUAGUGCUGCAUGAUAUCGUCUUUGCAUCAAGUCAGACAUAGAGUAGUACUGUAGCAUUGACGCAGAACAACAAUCAGCGACGUGUGUGUGGGGUGGUUCACCGUCGGAUACGGAAGUUACUUGUCAUUGUUGUGUGAUUGUUCGGUGUGGAGGAAGAAAAGGAAAGAGCGCAACUAGCUAGUCUGCUGCAGUCUCUCCUCUGAUCUCAAUCAAAACAAAAAGCCAACAAACCAACAACCCAAGAACGAACGAAAAAGAGCACAAACAGCCAAAGUGUUUGUCCAAUACGACAACAAGCAACAUCACGGCACCGCCACAAUGGCGUCAUCUGGCAAAUUCAUCCCACAACAAGGCGGCGGCGUGGACAAGUCAGUCGGCGGUGCACAUUCCACAGCCAGCAAAGGCAAAAGUAGUUCAUCAUUAUUCUGUAUACCGUGUGGUGGACAAAAGCUAGAGUACUUGGACUAUGAUUACACCUACGAUGACACAACGCAUGGAAAGCGCAAACCACAGCCAUACCCGCGUAUUCGAGAGAGAGGAGAAUACUACAUUGACAGCUUCAAUGAUCAACCAUGGGCUUGUACCUUUGGAACUGGGGAACACAAUGGGAUCUGGUUCAAUUCCAGUGAUCAAGCAGGAACCAUCAUGUCAGCGCUAGUCUGGCUGCUCAUGCUCUAUUCAGCAGUAACAGUGACACUCUUGACCAUCACAGAAGGGAUCCCUGUAGGAUUGGGGAUGGUCUAUAACAUGCUAUGUGUAAUGGCAUUGUCUUCCCACGCAAAAACAUCAUUAUCAGAUCCAGGAAGUGUACCCAUCCAAGCCAUUCCCAGCGAAAGACAACGUCUCAUGAAGGACAGCCAUUCCAUGUGCGGACAGUGUCAGACAUUCAAACCACCCAUGUCCCAUCAUUGCCGUAUUUGCAAUCGAUGUAUUAGUCGGAUGGACCAUCAUUGCCCUUGGAUGAACAACUGUGUCGGCGCCGGCAAUCUGAAACACUUUCUUCUCUUUUUGCUGUACACAUGGACAUGUGCAGCGUACUCAUUGGCCCUGUUUGGUUGGAACUACUUUUUCUGUGCGGAUGAAGAUUGUACCUUUCAUCCGGUGGUUGUUCAUUUGGUUCGCGUCAUGACGUUGUUGGGCAUUGGCGCCUUUUUGUUUACCUCCAGUAUGCUUAUGAAUGUAUGUUAUGGUCUCAUGACGGGUAUUGGUACGAUUGACCGCCUGAAGAAGAAAGCAACCAAUACCAUGAACCAGAGUGAUGAAGAACCCAUUCCCUUGAAAGAUGUGUUUGGGAUUGCCGGACUUCACACUUGGCCCUUUCCGGUAGAUCCAGUUUUUGAUGACUAUGAUCGUGUGAUGGGCUACUGCACACCGCAACGAAUGGACCGAGAACGACAAUUCAUGGAGCACAAGCGACCAGUUCCGGUACCGGAUAUUCAUCAUUCGCAAUCAUUGGAGCUGCCCAAAUGCUUCAACGAUUUGCUACCUGUUUAGUACAUUUUAAAAUUAUAAUAUUAAUCAAUGCUUCUUCGCGUAUUU